AUACCUGCUCGAACAAGAUUUUCCAGGCAUGCGGAUUGGUCCAGAGCCUACCACGGAUUCUUUUAUUGCUGUGAUGUAUGGAGAUUCCGAAGGAAACAUUCCUGGAAAUGCCCUAGUUGUUGAUCCUAAGAAGCCGUUCCGCAAACUCAGCCGCUUUGGAAAUGCUUUCCUGAACAGAUUCAUGUGUUCUCAGUUACCUAACCAGGUACUGAAGAGCAUCAGUAUCAUAGACAGCCCUGGCAUUCUCUCUGGAGAGAAGCAGCGCAUCAGCAGAGGCUAUGACUUCUGCCAAGUCCUCCAGUGGUUUGCUGAGAGAGUUGACCGCAUCAUCCUCCUUUUUGAUGCCCAUAAGCUGGAUAUAUCUGAUGAGUUUUCAGAGGCUAUUAAGUCAUUCCGGGGCCAGGAUGACAAGAUUCGAGUGGUGCUUAAUAAGGCCGACCAAGUGGACACACAGCAGCUGAUGAGGGUCUAUGGUGCACUCAUGUGGUCCCUGGGAAAGGUGAUCAACACUCCAGAGGUGCUGCGGGUCUACAUUGGCUCCUUCUGGUCCCAUCCUCUUCGAAACACAGAAAAUCGAAGACUCUUUGAAGCUGAGGCACAGGAUCUUUUCAAGGAUAUCCAGAGUCUCCCCCAGAAGGCUGCUGUGCGGAAACUCAAUGAUCUCAUUAAGAGAGCAAGACUUGCAAAGGUUCAUGCUUAUAUCAUCAGCUAUCUGAAAAAAGAAAUGCCCUCUGUAUUUGGAAAAGAGAACAAGAAGAAGGAACUGAUCAACAGAUUACCAGAGAUCUACAUCCAGCUGCAAAGGGAAUACCAUAUCUCAGCAGGGGACUUCCCUGAAGUCAAGAAAAUGCAGGAGCUGUUGGAGACUUGUGACUUCACUAAAUUUCAUUCUUUGAAACCAAAGCUAAUUGAAGCUGUGGAUAAUAUGCUGGCCACCAAAAUUGCCUCCCUGAUGAGCCUGAUCAGACAGGAGGAGAGCAAUAUGCCUACGGAGAUGGUACAUGGUGGAGCAUUUGAUGGCACCAUGGCAGGACCUUUUGGCCAGGGUUAUGGAGAAGGUGCUAAGGAAGGAGCUGAUGAAGACGAGUGGGUUGUUGCCAAAGAUAAACCUGCUUAUGAUGAGAUUUUCUACACUCUGUCACCAAUUAAUGGCAAAAUAUCUGGGAUUAAUGCAAAAAAGGAGAUGGUGACUUCUAAACUACCCAAUAGUGUCUUGGGGAAGAUCUGGAAACUUGCAGACUGUGAUGGUGAUGGGAUGUUGGAUGAGGAGGAGUUUGCUUUAGCAAAACAUCUCAUCAAGAUUAAACUGGAUGGAUAUGAACUGCCUGGCACGCUACCUUCGCACCUGGUGCCUCCAUCUCACAGGAAACCUUUCCAGACAGCAGAGUGA